AAGCAAGAAAGUUUCAGUUUUAGUGUCUUACUACUGUCUCCGUCGCAAUCUCAGCUUGCCGUUUCACGGGACUUUCACGCUUCGCUUCUCUCCUUCUUUCGCCACGUGUCUCUCUGGACACCUCCUACUGCCACGUAACCUAUGUCAACAUCCUCUUCAGGCUAUAGCGGUAAAAGAAUUCUCUUUCUUUUUUUUUCUUUUCCCUCUAAAGCUGUGCAGUGGUAGCAAUUCAGUUUUUGUUUUUUUUUUUUUUUCUUUUCUUGAUUUCUCCUUCAAAUUCAAUUACCGAGUCCAUUAACGGAGAAGACCCAUGAGAGUUCCUGUAGGGUUUCUUGCUAAGCUAUGGAGCUUUGUUCGCUUUUUGCCCUUCUUCUUCUUGCUUCUCAUUCUUGGCCUUCUUAAAGGUGCUAUUAUUUGUCCAUUGGUAGUGGGGAUUAUUGUGAUUGGCAAUUCAGCUGUUAUAAUCGGGCUCUGGAUGGCUCAUUUUCUGUGGACUUUCUAUUGUGUAGCAAAAACUCAGAGAUUGGGGCUGGUUUUGAAGACUGUGGUGUUGUUAUUGUUGCCAUUGCCUUUGGUCCUUUGGCCAGUGUUGGGAAUUGGUGCAAGUAUUUUAGGUGGAAUUGGUUAUGGGUUUUUUGCUCCGCUUAUCGCUACUUUUGAAGCUGUUGGACAGAAUGUCAAAGAGAAAUGCUACCAUUGUUUUCUCGAUGGUUGUUUAUCCACUAUCAAAGGAAGCUGCACAGUGGUACGGGACUUCACAGAUUUUUGCUUCCAUUCUUACUUCUCUUUCAUGGAUGAAUUAAGUGAGAAAGUCCCAAAGGGUGAAAAGCCUGUGGACAUAAAGUUACUAAUUCUGCCAAGUUGUUUGUUGGUGAUCCUGAUUGCCGUGCCAGUAGAUAUGAUUCUCAUUACAGUUGUUGCUCUAUGGAAAAGCCCAUACAUGCUUUUCCGAGGAUGGAAAAGGCUAUUAGAAGACUUAAUCGGUAGAGAAGGGCCAUUCUUGGAAACUGUUUGUGUGCCAUUUGCUGGUCUUGCCAUUAUCCUGUGGCCGUUGGCUGUCAUAGGAGCCGUGAUUGGUGCAAUUCUAUCCAGUUUCUUUCUGGGACUUUACAGUGUGGUUGUAGUCCAUCAGGAAGAUUCACUCCAUAUGGGGCUUGCCUAUGUUGUAGCAGUUGUUUCAUUAUUCGAUGAAUAUGUAAAUGAUUUACUCUAUUUGGGGGAAGGAUCACGCCUGCCAAGGCCUAGAUAUCGGAAAAAAAUGGCCCCAAAAAUGGAUGAGAGCAACCGCGGUCAAAAUGACAGACGAGAAAACUCACUGGAAGCAAAACUAUACUCACAAAGAUCAAGAACAUUGAAGUGGCAAAUCCAGCAAUAUAAACCAGUGCAUGUAUGGGAUUGGUUAUUUAAAUUGUGUGAGGAGAAUGGUAGGAUACUGCAUCGUGAUGGCCUGAUAAAUAUCAAAGAUAUUGAAGUAUGCAUUUCGAAGGGUGAUUGUAAGAUGUUGAGCAUCAAACUCCCAGCUUGGUCCCUGUUACAACGUCUGCUUGCCUCUGCAAAGUCAGACUCAUCUGGGUUGGUGAUCUCUGAUGAUGCUGAGCUGACAAGACCAAGGGAUAAACUGUUCGAGUGGUUAAUCGGACCAUUGUUGAUUAUGAAAGAGCAAAUAAAGCAACUUCAGUUAUAUGAAGAUGAAGAAAAUUGCCUGAGAAUGCUAAUUAUGAAGGGCAAAAAUGAAAAUCCCGAGGACUGGGACGAGACCGAAUUUCCAUCCAGGGACAAUGUAAGAAGAGCACAAUUGCAAGGCAUAAUUAGAAGAUUGGAAGGCAUCGUAGCUUUCAUGACCCGAGUACCAACCUUUCGACGUCGUUUUAUGAAUUUAAUGAAGCUUCUGUAUGUAGAGGCACUUCAGGCUGCUGCUUCAUCUGAUCAAAAUCCAAUAAGCAGGCAGGAGAGCGAUUCAGGGUUGGAAGAAACGUUAGAGAUGAAACAAUAACUGAGCUCAUAUGAAGAUUUUCAGUUUUUUAGUUUCCAAUAGUUUGUACAUUUCUGUAUCAUAUUUCCAUUGGAAUGUAGUCAGUUUGUUUAGAAAGAGCAAGUAUAGUUGAAAUCACAGUACAAGAACCAGUAGGCAAAUGUAAUGGAAACAUAUGCAAGAUGUGUAAUUUGUUUCAUAUGUAAUUAGAUAAUUAAAUAUUGUGUAUUUAAAAAAAGGCUUAAUAACAAAAACAAAAUGUUUUAAAUUUAA